AUGUCGAAGACAUUAGGAACCUUCCGAGCGGUGUACCUCGUAGCCCUUUGCUGCGUAGGCUCGUUCUUAUUUGCCUAUGAUACAGGUAUUAUCGGCGGCAUUCUCACGUUUAAAAGUUUUCAGAGAGAUUUCCGUUACACAGAGGAUCAGAGGGCGACCGUUGGAUCUAACUCCACAAGUCUCCUUCAAGCUGGAGCUUUCUUCGCUUGUUUCUUCAUUUGGCCCUUCACUGCCAAGUACGGUCGUCGAUGGUCCCUCAUCCUCGCCUCCGCCAUCUUCAAUGUCGGCGCGGUCAUUCAGACCAUAAAUACACACUCGCUCGCUGCUUUCUACGUCGCCCGCGUCAUCAGCGGUAUUGGUGUCGGAAUGGCCACUGUUAUUGUUCCCAUGUACUCCGCAGAGAUGGCACCAAAGCACAUCCGCGGCAUGCUUGGCAGCAUGUUCCAAUUCUUCUUUACAAUGGGCGUGAUGACUUCAUACUGGAUAGACUACGCCUCAGACCUCCAUAUUGCCGACAAUAACAGCGCACAGUGGCAGGUGCCUGUCAGUAUUCAACUUGUCCCCGGCGCCAUCCUUGGCUUCGGCAUGCUACUAACCAAAGAGAGCACGAGAUGGCUGGCGAAGAAAGGUCGACGUGAGGAGGCCUUGGCCUCGCUGGCAUGGGUCCGAGGAGGGGACAGCCCCGAAGUACAGGAAGAGUUUGUGGAGAUCAUCGCCAGCAUUGAAGAAGAAAAUCGCAUCAAAUCAGGCAUCACAUGGAAGGAGCUUCUCGAACCUAUCAACAGAUACCGCCUGUUCCUCAUUAUUGCUCUGCAGAUUGAUGCUCCUCAAAUCUUUUCCCUGGUUGGCGCUAGUCAAGAUAAGCUUCUCCUCACCGGCUUCUUUGGCCUGGUCAAGGUGGUAGCUUGCUUGUUCUUCCUCCUCUUCCUUGUUGAGCGCAUAGGCCGCCGUGGGUCUCUCCUGGCGGGUGCAUUUCUCAUGGGAGCCUACAUGCUCAUCGUGGCGAUUUUGACGGUCAAAUUCCCCCCGGACCCGGAUGCUGGACUCACACCCGCCUCUAUUGCUUCCUUGACCAUGAUCUACCUGGAAGCCAUGAGCUAUAACAUUUCAUGGGGUCCCGUACCUUGGGUAUACAUGGGUGAGAUUUUCCCAACACGUAUUCGUGAAGCUGGUAUCGCCAUCGGAACCUCGACGCAGUGGCUGUUCAACUUUGUCUUCUCCCAGGCAACACCCCAUGCCGUCAAGAACCUAGGGUGGAGGACUUUCCUGAUGUUCUCCAUUUUCAACUGGGCGCUUGCGGUUUUCGUCUGGUUCUUUAUUAAGGAGACAAAAGGAAAAUCCCUUGAAGAAAUGGAAGAUCUGUUCGCUCAGAGUCUCGGCGUUCACAGGGAUACCGAGGCUACAAUAGCCGAGGCUCAGUUGAAGAAAGGAGGCGAGGAUUUGCGAGUUUCGCAGGUUGAGGAGAAGCCGAACUGA